CAUUCCACCAAACAAACCGACCAGGCGACCACCGCUGCCGCUGCUUUGCUUUGCUCCCUUCUGAUCAACGGCAGCCACGCCGAGACCAACUGCCGCCACCGGAAUGGCGGGGUGCCUUGGCGACCCACUGGACACCGGGUAGAGGAGGAGGGGGGGGGGGGGGGGGGGGGGGGGGGGGGGGGAUCCGGCCAGCCAUGGCGAGCGACGUGCCCAUGAGCCCCGAGCUCGAGCAGGUGGACGGCGAGAUCCAGGACAUCUUCCGCGCGCUCCAGAACGGGUUCCAGAAGAUGGACAAGAUCAAGGACUCCAGCAGGCAGUCCAAGCAGCUGGAGGAUCUCACCGCCAAGAUGAGAGAGUGCAAACGCUUGAUCAAAGAAUUUGACCGUAUACUCAAGGAUGAGGAGAAAAAGGACACUCCUGAGGCCAACAAGCAGCUCAAUGACAAGAAACAGUUCAUGAUCAAAGAACUCAACUCCUACGUAACCCUGAGGAAAACGUACCAGAGCAGCCUAGGUAACAAGAGGAUCGAACUAUUCGAUACUGGUACCGACCAAGUGGCCGACAAAUCUCCAGUUCAAAUGGCAUCAGAAAUGUCAAAUCAAGAGCUCAUUAGCGCCGGAAGGAAACAAAUGGACCAAACUGACCAAGCCAUUGAGCGCUCAAAGAUGGUUGUAGCACAAACUGUUGAAGUUGGAGCUCAGACUGCUGCAACUCUGUCACAACAAACAGAGCAAAUGAAGAGAAUCGGCAAUGAGUUAGAUUCUGUUCACUUCUCACUGAAGAAGGCCAGUCAAAUGGUGAAAGAGAUUGGCCGUCAGGUUGCUACUGACAAAUGCAUUAUGGCGUUCCUGUUUCUGAUUGUCUGUGGCGUUAUUGCAAUAAUUGUUGUUAAGAUCGUCAACCCACAUAACAAGAACAUCAGAGAUAUUCCGGGGCUGGCACCUCCCGCCAUGAACAGGAGGCUGCUGUCCAUCGACGCCUUAGGACUAUGAGCGCUGUGAAUGGCUGCUCCCCUGCAGCACAGCGCUGCGCAGCGCAUCAGAGUUCUCUUAACGAGCCACGAUAUAUGAUUUCACGAUUCUUUUGUGCCUGUAUAUUGUGUUUAUGUUGUUUGCGUCCGCCCAUUCCUUCCCUAUUGCAUUGGUAAGUAGUAGCUUCAGGUUCCUAGCACCGGCGUUCUGAUUGUCUGUGUAUACGCGGUACUGGUUGUGGAUGUGAGAUAUUCUUCAUGGUUGUUAGUAAAAAUAGAAACGGCUGUGGGAGAAGAAACAGUAAAUGAAUCCAUGUUUCUUUAUUCUUUA